AUGCAGAGGCAAACAAAGGGUAAGUACGGUAAAGAUGGGAAAGAUCGAUUCACCUACACCCAGGCACUGGUGUUCGUGCAGUGUGCUGUGAAUAUGGCAUUUGCAUAUGCACUGAGGGGAAAAAGCAGGGACAACGUGCCCGGGCGGAUGUAUGCAUCGAUGGCGAUGAGCUACCUGUUGGCAAUGAUGGCAAGCAAUCAUGCGCUGCAGUACAUCCCAUAUCCAACACAGAGAAAAAAUGUAACUAAUUUUACUGAAAAAAAUGCAACCGAUAAGGACGGCAUGGAACUGAGCCGCCAGAAGCAGCACAAAGCGGUCCUCACCCAAUAA